AUGGCGCCUUUUGCAGGAAGAGGUGGUUCACGAGGUGGCCCGCGAGGCGGUUCAAGAGGAGGAAGUAGAGGCGGUAGUAAUUUUGGUGGUCGUGGUGGCAGCAGUUUUGGUGGCCGUGGUGGAUCAAGAGGAGGAAGAGGAGGAUUUGAUCGUGGAAAUAGUCGAGGCGGCAGUCGGGGAGGAAGGGGCAGAGGUGGAAGAGGAGGAAACAGAUUCGGCAGGUCCGAGUUCCGCACAAGCAGAGUCGACGAGCCAGAGGAUCAACCUUUCAUUGAAGACGACAGCGAGUCCGACGACGAAUCCAUCGACGACCAAGACGAUCAAUUAGAAGGAAGUGACGACGAAGACGCUCCUGCCUCAAAAGUUCGCGCAUACAACGCCCUCCUUCAAUCUUUCCAACAAGAGUCAGACGAACCUCGUCGCAAGCGCAGAAAGAUCGAAGAGACUCCCAAGGACGACGACAGCGAGGGGGAGGAGGAUGCUGCUUUGGAUGAUGCCUCAGACGUAUCAGGAAGUCAAGAUGGUGUUGAAGAUGAGGAAGAAGUAGAUGGGGAAAGCGAUGCCGAAAUCGAGCAGGACGAGGCCGACGACGACGAAGACGAGGAUCCAACAGAUCCCUUUGAUCAACACUUCGCUAAUCCGGAAGCCAACGACCUGACUCAACGUCUCAAAUCAGUCACAGAUAACCAAUGGCGAUCAGAGAAGCUCAAGGUCUUGAAGGACGGCAGUUUGACCAUCUCUCUGCCUGAAUCUGCUCCUGCCUCGUCACGAAAGCCCCUUAAAUCUGUCUCACAACUCAAACUCAAGCAACGCAUUGCAGAGCCUGCGACAAAACAUCUUGGUACUCUCAGUGAGCUUGGACAGGCAAUUGCACCUUCAAUCUACGCAUACCAGGACGUGCUUUGCGGUGCCAGAACUGUCGAGAAUGCUUCUGAGCUUAGACACAUGGCUGCUCUACACGCUCUCAAUCACGUCUACAAGGGCCGCGAUCGGGUACUGAAGAACAACUCUCGUCUAGCUACCGCAGAAGCAGAUGCAGACCUCGAGCUACGAGACCAAGGCUUCACACGACCAAAGGUUCUCGUAUUGCUUGAGACUCGCAGUGCCGCAGCCAAAUAUGUUGACGCUCUGAUCGCCCUGUGCGAACCUGAGCAACAAGAAAAUAAGAAGCGUUUCGAAGACGCUUUUGUAUUGGACGAGUUGAAAUUUGGUGGUGAAGGAGACUCACAUCCUGCAGACUUCCUCGAGCUGUUCGAAGGCAACGACGACAAUGAUUUCCGCUUGGGCAUCAAAUUCACCCGUAAGACUAUGAAGUUCUUCUCACAGUUCUACGCUUCGGAUAUUAUCCUUGCAUCACCUCUUGGUCUACGCCGUAUCAUCGAACACACUGAUCCUAAGAAAGCCGACAGCGAUUACCUGUCCUCCAUCGAAAUUUGCAUUGUAGACCAGGCAGAUGCUAUGCUGAUGCAGAACUGGGAUCACGUAGACUUUGUCUUCCAACACCUCAACCUCCAACCCAAAGAUGCACACGGUUGCGACUUCAGCCGUGUACGAAACUACUAUCUCGACGGCCAAGCCAAACAUUUGCGCCAGACCAUCAUUUUCUCGGCCUAUGUAGCCCCUGAGCUCAACCGCCUAUACAACGCCCACAUGCUCAAUAUUGCUGGCAAGGCGAAACUUGCACCAUUCUAUCCUGGCGUAAUCGGCGAUAUCGACCUCGAAGGCAUGAAACAGACCUUCUCCCGUUACGAUUCAGCCUCGCCACCCACCGACCCAGACGCCCGCUUCAAAUACUUCAACACAGCUGUUCUACCAUCACUUCUUCGUGUGCCAAAACCCGCAGACGGUGGUGCUGGCAUCCUUCUCUUCAUCCCAUCAUAUCUCGACUUUGUGAGAGUGAGAAAUUACUUUGCCAAUUCAAACGAGACACAACACAUUUCCUUCGGCGCCAUCAGCGAAUAUACGCCUGUACCCGAUCAGCGACGUGCACGCAGUCACUUCCUCACCGGUCGCCACAGUGUUCUUCUGUAUACGGGCCGUGCGCACCACUUCCACAGACUGAGACUGAAGGGUGUGCGAAGAGUUAUUUUCUACGCUCUACCUGAGAACCCUGUAUUCUAUACAGAAGUUGCAAGAGGAUUCUUGGGUACCAUGGUCGCAGAAGGCAAAUUAGAUCCUACUGAGGGCGCCGUCAGGUCAAUCUUCUCGAAAUGGGAUGGCUUGAGGCUGGAGCGUAUCGUUGGAACAAAACGUGUUGGUGCUAUGUUGAGGGACAAAGGUGGCGAUACCUUUGAUUUCGUCUAA